AAGUUGGGAAGCUAAUGGUGUGCUUUGCGACCUAAUAAGGACCAGCUUGCUCUAUGAGUAAGCAAAGCGAACCACAACAAAAGAACUUAAGCAUCGAAAGCUCCUGUCCAUGGCAUGAAAACAGUGCAAUUAGUGUAUGUGGCAAAGAACAGGAGAACACCGGAGCAUCCAAUGGCCGAAUGGACGUAACAGCCCUUUACAAGAUGUGAACCACAAAUCUGUGUGGUGCA